UACCUCUAAAUAUAAGCUGUUCUUGUAUUCACAGAUCUUAAGUGUGUCUAUAUCUUACUGACUUCUCUUGUUCUUGGAAAGUUGCACAGAUCCUCAUCUGUGUUAAUACAUCAAUUGUUAAUUUGUCUUGCUUUUUAAUAAUACAUGUAGUUGUGUAUGUAUCUGUGAAUGCUUGGUAAGUAAAGAAUAUUUCAGAAUUUUUUUCAGUUUCUGGCUCAGUGUGGUUUUGUACUCCACAUCAAUUUAAAAGUUGAAAGAGCAACAAAUUAUUUUAUAAUGGUAAGUCAGUUCUGACCAUGAAUAAUUAUGAACUUUUCAAUAUCUGAAUCCUUUAGUUUUUGUAAUUUAGGUAAUUACUCCUUUCUUGGAGGACCAAGAGAAAAUUUGCCUAAAAAUUUAUCUUAUUAAAAGGCCUAAUCACUGAAAUCAGGGCUUUUAUCAUCAUAAUCAUCUUUCCUCAUUGUUUGCCAUCUCUUUCCAGAUUCACAAAAUGAUUGAUGAAAUGAUUGAGAAAGAAGGAGAGCCGUGUGAAUGGCAGGGCUUGUGUUUCAUCCUGACUUCAAAUUAUGUAAAGAUAAAUGCCAAAUUCAUUUAUAUUAACAAUCUGUCAUUUCAGGUAUUUCAGCUGUCCAAAGACAACUUCAUACCUAUAUAAUGUAACAGAAAAUACUGAGCAAAUAGAAGUGUAGAGUGUAUUAUUAAGCAAGAUGAACAUCUCUGGAAGCAGUUGUGGAAGCCCUAGUUCUGCAGAUGUAUCUAAUGACUUUAAGGAACUUUGGACAAAACUAAAAGAGUAUCAUGAUAAAGAAGUACAAGGUUUACAAGUGAAAGUAACCAAACUGAAAAAGGAACGAAUUUUAGAUGCACAAAGACUAGAAGAAUUCUUCACCAAAAAUCAACACCUGAGAGAGCAACAGAAAGUUCUUCAUGAAACCAUUAAAGUUUUAGAAGAUCGGUUAAGAGCAGGAUUAUGUGAUCGCUGUGCAGUAACUGAAGAACAUAUGCGGAAAAAACAGCAAGAGUUUGAAAACAUUCGGCAGCAGAAUCUUAAACUUAUUACAGAGCUUAUGAAUGAAAAGAAUACUCUACAGGAAGAAAAUAAAAAGCUUUCUGAGCAAUUACAGCAAAAAAUUGAGAAUGAUCAACAGCAUCACACAACUGAGUUUGAAUGUGAGGAAAAUGUUAUUCCAGAUUCACCAAUAACAGCCUUCUCAUUUUCUGGCAGUAACCGGCUACGAAGAAAGGAGAGCCUCCACGUCCGAUACAUAGAACAAACACAUACUAAAUCGGAGCUCUCUGUGUGUCCAAAUGAACUGAGAAAAGUUUCCAAGGCAUCAACUCAUCCACAACAUAAUUCUAAUGAAAAUGAAAUUCUAGUAGCUGACACUUGUGAUCAAAGUCAACCUCUAAUGGCUAAAACACAUGGGACAAGCAGUUAUCCCACUGAUAAGUCAUCUUUCAAUUUAGCUGCAGUCGUUGCUGAAACACUUGGACUCAGUGUUCAAGAAGAACCUGAAUCUCAAAGUUCCAUGAGCCCUCUUGGUGAUAGCCUCUACCAUUGUUUGGAAAAGGAUCACAAGAAACAACCUUUUGAGGAAUCUACAAGAAAUAUUGAAGAUAGUUUAAGAUUUUCAGAUUCUACUUCACAAUCUCCUCCUCAAGAAUUGACUACUCGGGUGUCAUCUCCUGUAUUUGGAGCUACCUCUAAUAUGAAAAGUAGUUUAGGUUUGAAUACAAGUUUGUCCCCUUCUCUUUUAGAGACUGGGAAGAAAAAAUGUCUGAAAACAGCCCCUUUUCUCAAUACUUCUAUUUCUAGAUCAGAGAAAACUAGAUCAAAAUCUGAUAAUAGUACCCUUUUCACACCUCAUAGUCUUGGGUCUGAUGUGAACAAGAUCAUUAGCCAGUCAUCUUCUAAUAAACAGAUACUUAAAAAUAUAAGUGAACCAACAGGUGGACAAGGUGGUACUGAUCACAUUAAAGAUGUUAUAACUGGUAAACAUUUAGAGGCCCAGAAAUCAUUAGGAGGCAGAACAUCCAAAAGGAAGAAAAUUGAGGAAGAAAAUGAACAUGAAAUAAGCUACCCGCAAGCCUCCUUUGAUAAAGAAAAUGCUUUUCCUUUUCCAAUGGAUGAUCAACUUUCCAUGAAUGGGGACUAUGUAACGGAAAAACCUUUGGAUCUGUCUGAUCCAUUUUCAGCUAUUCAGCGUCAAGACAAAAGCCAAGGAAGUGAGACUUCUAAAAACAGACUUAGGCAAGUGACUAUUUAUGAGACUUUGAAGCCCAUUUCCAAGGGUUCUUCCUCAAGCCGUAAGGCCUUGAGUGGGACCUGCAUGUUGUCCAAAGAUUCCCCAGAGGACCCCCAUUUGCAGGAGUGCAUUAUCCUCCAGCCCUUUGGUAAAUUCUCUCCAGACAAUAAACCACCAUUACAAAUAAAAGAAGAAAAUCCUGUCUUCAAAAUCCCUGUACAUCCACAUAAAAGUCUGGAGACAGAGAGUCUUCUUGAUGACAUGAAGGGUACUGGUUCUCAUGAGCCAAUAAAAAUAAAAGUCAGGCCAGUCCAUUCAGGAUGUGAACUUGCAUCAGUUCUUCAGUUAAAUCCAUGUAGAAUAGCUAAAGCAAAGCCUCUGCAAAACAACCAAGAUGUAUCCUUUGAAAAUAUCCAGUGGAGUAUAGAUCCAGGAGCAGACCUUUCUCAAUAUAAAAUGGAUAUUACUGUAAUAGAUACAAAGGAUGGCAGUCAGUCAAGAUUAGGAGGAGAGACAGUGGAUAUGGACUGCACGUUGGUUAGUGAAACUGUGCUUUUAAAAAUGAAGAAGCAACAGCAGAAGGGAGAAAAAAGUCCAAGUGAAGAAAGAAAAAUGAAUGACAGCUUGGAAGACAUGUUUGAUCGGACAACGCAUGAAGAAUAUGAAUCCUGUUUGGCAGAUAAUUUCCCCCAGGUAGUAGAUGAAGAGGAAGAAUCAGCUGCUGCCACCAAAAAACCAAACACUCAUGGUGAUAAACAAGAUAAAGUCAAGCAGAAAGCAUUUGUGGAGCCAUAUUUUAAAGAUAAUGAAAGAGAGACUAGCUUACAAAAUUUUCCUCAUAUUGAAGUGGUUCGGAGAAAAGAAGAGAGAAGAAAAUUGCUUGGGCACACAUGUAAGGAAUGUGAAAUUUAUUAUGCAGAUAUGCCAGCAGAAGAAAGAGAAAAGAAGUUGGCUUCCUGUUCAAGACACCGAUUCCGCUACAUUCCACCCAACACACCAGAGAAUUUUUGGGAAGUUGGUUUUCCUUCCACUCAGACUUGUAUGGAGAGAGGUUACAUUAAGGAAGAUCUUGAUCCUUGUCCUCGUCCAAAAAGAAGGCAGCCUUACAACGCAAUGUUUUCUCCAAAAGGCAGGGAGCAGAAGACAUAGAUGUUGAAGCAAAAAAUGAGACAGAGGACAGUUUUCACCUUUUUAUUUGUUUAUAGUUAGUCCUAAACACUGAUUUUUUGAUCUUCUGUAAAUCUGUAAAUUGAUUUAUAAAUCAUUUUUCUGUUGAAAA